CUACGGUUGCCGGAUGAGUCCUGAUCUCGCUUGCAAACCCUAACGCCGAGAACAAAACCCCACCCGUAUUAAUAGCGCUCGCCACCAUCGCCCCCCAUUAUUCUCGAUCCUCCGCCGAUCCGAGAGAGAUCCUAAAGAGGAGGGCGAUGGCGACGGAGGAGGCGAAGGCGGUGGUGCCGGAGUCCGUGUUGAAGAAGAGGAAGAGGGAAGAGCAGUGGGCUCUCGCUAAGAAGCAGGAACUCGAUGCCAGGAAGAAGAAGGCUCGGGAGAACCGCAAGCUGAUCUUUGGAAGAGCCCAGCAGUAUGCCAAGGAGUAUGAAUCCCAGGAGAAGGAACUGAUCCGCUUGAAGAGAGAGGCCAGGAUGAAGGGCGGAUUCUAUGUCAGCCCCGAGGCCAAGCUUUUGUUCAUCAUCCGCAUCCGAGGCAUAAAUGCCAUGCACCCGAAAACCCGGAAGAUCUUGCAGCUCCUCCGUCUGAGACAGAUAUUCAACGGCGUGUUUCUGAAAGUUAACAAGGCUACAAUGAACAUGCUGCAGAGGGUUGAGCCAUACGUGACAUAUGGGUAUCCUAAUCUUAAGAGUGUCAGGGAGUUGAUCUACAAGAGAGGGUAUGGGAAGUUGAACAAGCAGAGAAUUCCUUUGACAGACAACUUGGUCGUUGAGCAGGGCUUGGGGAAACAUGGUAUCAUCUGUGUUGAAGAUCUUGUACAUGAGAUUAUGACUGUGGGACCACAUUUCAAGGAGGCAAACAACUUUCUGUGGCCCUUCAAGCUGAAGGCACCGUUGGGUGGCCUCAAGAAGAAGAGGAACCACUAUGUUGAGGGUGGUGAUGCUGGAAAUCGUGAAGAUUAUAUUAAUGAGCUCAUCAGAAGGAUGAACUAGAUAUUUGAGGUCUUUCAUGUCUCUUUCAUCAUGGGUUUAAGAGAUCAAUUGGACUUAUAUGUUUUUGUUUCAGUAGAAAUCGGGAUAAUUAAAACUGCAAAAUUUUGUUGCUUGGAUUUAAUGUUGGCCUGUUUAAUGAUAUUAAUAUUGUUCUCUACUA